AGUUAGCGAACUUACGCGCAGCUCCGGACUUCCGGUAUAAUCCAUUUCAUUUAUACCUUAAUUGAUAAAAGGCGUGAGUAUCCGGAAUUUCUUGUAGCGUGGCAUACAUGACUUCAUUACGCCGACAAGAUCCUAGGUUAAAUUGUUUCAAAGCUGAUUAUGCUUUGAUAACAAGAAUAGCGACCAACAUUGACUCAUCAUCAAGUUAUCCCUAUGUUCAACAAAACUCAAAAAUUGACGUACCCAGGGCAAGAGAAGAACAGGAGGAAUUCAUUGAUGUCCUUCGUAGAAUAGCUAUUGAUGUUAUAGAAUUGCCCUGUGACGAAAGACAUCCAGAUGGCCUAUUCAUUGGUGAUUGUGCUGUUGUGAUUAAUGGAACUGCAUUAAUCUGUAACCCACCAUCUGAAGAUGGAGCCCCUCCCAGGCAAGGUGAAUUAACGGUAGUAAGACAGGUGCUGAAAAAAGAGUUGGGACUGAAAAUCGUUGAAGUUGACAGCGAAAAAGGAAAGGCAGUAGUUUGUGGCACGGACGUUCUAUGGACAGGUCGCGAAAUUUUUGUUGGCAUAGGGAAAAGAACCAAUAUUUUAGGGGCUCAAUCUGUGGCAAAAGCUUUUCCUGAAUACAGUACAUCGAUAGUAAACGUCCGCGAACCGUAUCUUCAUCUUAAAGACUGCGUUUCUCUAUGUGGUCCUGAAAUUUUGGCGAUUGCUAAAUCAAAUGCUGCGAAAGAAAUGCUAAGGGAGAUGAGAAAAGCUGGCCAUGGAUAUAAGAUGAUCGAAGUUGAAGAGGAUCUAGCUGCCAACACCAUUUAUUGUAAUAAUACCGUAAUUCACUUGUCCAGUGAUACUAUACCCAGAAGUAUAGGUCUGUUCAAAGAUAAAUUGGAUUUCCAAUGUGUGCCUGUUGAAAUCAAAGAGCCGCUCAAAAGAGGCGCAGGCCUAUCAAAUAUUGUUCUAUUAGUUAAUAAGCAGAAACAUUUAAGAAGUAUCAUGACUACUGCUACUUCAGCUCAGUAGUACUUGGUAUUACAUUAAUAGAAUCGUAUUGAAUAGUCGAAUUUUGCACUAAAAAAUUUUACAAAGUGCUAGUAAAAAAAGAGAGAAGGUAGAAAAAAAUUCGAUUAUCUAGUAUGGAAUAUGAUUAUCUUUGGCUUAUAUGUUCUUUUUUUCCUUCUUUUUUUUUACGUUUGUCUGCAUAAAUGUACUAGUUAACUGACUAAAAAACUUGCUUAACUUACCUGUUUUUUGUUUACUAAAUAAGGUGACAAUUAAUAAUAAUAUGUUUCCUUGGUUUAUAUACUUAGAAAAAGAGAUUGAACACUAUUUACGAAGUAAUUAAUAUCGAAAAUUGUAAAAAUUAGUUUUUUUAUUAUUUUAUAAGAGAAAAGCUUGUUCUACUUAACCAUUUAAGAAAGAUUAACACACACAUAUAUAUAUCUAUAUAUACUUUUUUUGAUAAUCAAAAAGAUAAGUUUUUGUUUUCAAGUUACAGUUAACUAGUGUCCAAGCUAGAUAUUCUUCUGAGUAUGAAUGUAUUCUGUUCAUAAAAAUGUAUACUUAAUUAAUUGAAAGGUUUUAAACCUCCCGAGUUUUCUACUGUAGCUUGAAUGUUAUUGCUAACUGUAGCUUUUCUGCUGCAUUGAUAUUUUUCAAUUCUGAAUACUGUAGAUUUUUCUAUAAUUAUUAUAAGAUGUGUCUUCUACGUUGGUUUUUAGCCAUUAGAUUGUGCGAUUAGUUACCAAUACAGUGUAUAUUAAAAAAUGAAAUGAGUAAAAAAAAUCAUAAUAUGUUAAUUUACUUUAAAAACUAUUUUAAAAAUUUACCUGAGUCAAAUUUGCCCUACUUUUCCUAAUAUUUAUAUAAUUAUAUAAUAUAACAUACCUG